UGUAAGGACGGCUGCUCGGGCUGCCAGGACGGCUACAGCCUCGUCUGGGGCUGCCAGGACGGCUACAGCCUCGUCUGGGGCUGCCAGGACGGCUACGGCCGCGGUUGGGGCUGCCAGGACGGCUACGGCCGCGGUUGGGGCUGCCAGGACGGCUACAGCCUCGGCUGGGGCUGCCAGGACGGCUACGACCGCGGUUGGGGCUGCCAGGACGGCUACGGCCGCGGUUGGGGCUGCCAGGACGGCUACAGCCUCGUCUGGGGCUUCCAGGACGGCUACAGCCUCGUCUGGGGCUGUCAGGACGGCUACGGCCGCGGCUGGGGCUGCCAGGACGGCUACAGCCUCGUCUGGGGCUGCCAGGACGGCUACAGCCUCGUCUGGGGCUGCCAGGACGGCUACAGCCUCGUCUGGGGCUGCCAGGACGGCUACAGCCUCGGCUGGGGCUGCCAGGACGGCUACAGCCUCGGCUGA